UGACACACAUAUCAUAAUUUGAGAGAGUGAGAGAGGGGUUUUGAAAUGAAGGUUUAUGGUUGGAUUGCAAUAACCAUUUGUAUGAUGAUGUGUCUUAAUCCAUGCAUCUGUUUGGAAGAAAGAAAUGGAGAGAGAUGCAAUUUAUAUGAAGGAAGUUGGGUUUACGAUGAAUCUUACCCUCUUUAUGAUUCUUCAAAAUGUCCUCAUAUUCGUUUGGAAUUUGAUUGCUUGAAAUAUGGCAGAACUGAUACACAGUAUCUCAAAUAUAGAUGGCAACCAACUAACUGUGACCUACCCAGAUUUGAUGGGAAAAGUUUCUUGAGAAAAUUUAAGGGAAAACAAAUAAUGUUUAUUGGAGAUUCAAUGAGUUUGAACCAAUGGCAAUCAUUUAUAUGUAUGCUUCAUUCUGCCGUACCUAAUGCUAUUGUAACACAAGAGGGUGCUAAAUCCAUCACAAACCACACAUUCCAGGAGUAUGGAGUUUCAGUUAUUUUGCACUCUUCUCCAUAUUUGGUGGACAUAGAAGUAGAAAAAAAUGGUAGAGUAUUGAAACUUGAUUCUCUCAAGAGUGGAAAUAUAUGGAAACAAAUGGAUGUUUUGGUUUUCAACACUUGGCUUUGGUGGUACCGCAGUGGAUCCAAACAACCUUGGGAUUAUAUUCAAAUAGGUAACAAGACAAUGAAAAACAUGGAUCGAAUGAAAGCUUUUAUAACAGGUUUGACAACUUGGACUAAGUGGGUUGAUAGAGAAGUUAAUACAACCAAAACCAAAGUUCUUUUUCGAGGAAUCUCUCCUAUGCAUUACCAUGGGGAACAAUGGAAUAAGCCAGGAGUAAGAAACUGUGCAAAGGAAACAACAUUAAUAAAUGGAUCAACAUCAAAACUUGAAUUACCAAAAGCAUCACAUGUUUUGGAAAGUGUUUUGAAGAAAGUAGCAAAGCCCUUUCAUCUUCUCAACAUUACAGCUCUCUCGACGUUGAGAAAAGAUGGGCAUCCUAGUUCUCAUAAUGGCUUCCAUGGCAUGGAUUGUACACAUUGGUGUGUAGCUGGUGUCCCAGAUACUUGGAAUGAGCUUCUACUUAAAUCAAUUAUGGACUAAAAUUAAGUGAUUGUUAAUGAUUUCAACCUGUAUUUAAUUUUGCAAUGUCGAGAAUAAGUAUUUAAAAGUAAAUCUUAUUAGUUGAUGUUGUUUGGAUAAUUUGAAUCAAAAUAAAUUUUGAAUGCUUAAAGAUGAAA